GGCUGUGUGGAUUCAGCGCAAUGUUGGCGUAUCAGAGAAUGACUUGGAGGCAGAAAACGCUGUAUCAGAAAGUCAAGAAUGCGAGUGGAUGGGUCCAUUUGAGCCAGCAGGACAUUGGCGAUGCAGAAGCGCAGGCGAUUGCUCAGGCGCUCACAGAGAACACGACCGUGACUAGGCUCUCCAUGUACAAGAAUCAGGUGUCCGAUGCUGGAGCUCUUUCCGUUGCUCAAGCACUCGAGCUGAACAAGACGGUGAAGGAGCUAUACUUGAGUGAGAACCAGAUAGGCGAUGCUGGUGCGCAGGCGAUUGCAGAGGCACUCAAGGUCAACACGACAGUAACUGCGCUUGUUCUGCACCGAAACCAGAUUGGCGAUGCAGGGGCCCAUGCGAUUGCUGCGGCACUCAAAGAGAACAAGACGGUGUCUGUGCUCGUCCUGUACCACAAUCAGAUUAGCGAUGCUGGAGCUCGUGCGAUUGCUGAAGCACUCAAAGAGAACAAGACGCUGACUAUCCUUUUCUUGGCGAAUAAUUUCUUGACGCGAACUGGAAUCACCGCGUUCAAGCAACCGGGCAGUACCAUUUGUCAGUUUAACGAAAUCUGGUUUCUGAGUAGAAGCCUUGGCGACCAGCUUGCCCAUUCGGUUCAAAUUGCAGCUAGUGCCCCGACAAACGCGCAGUCUCAGCCCUCUUUCGACCUAGAUUUCGAGAUUCAGCAAUUGCGCUCCGAUCUCGCUGUCAGGGAUAGUUGGAUCGACGUGCUUCAGCGCAGCCAACCAGCCUUUGGAUCCUUUGCCGGAUCCAUCCCCAAAGUUCCUCUCGCAGAGCUUGUCACUGCCACGAAUAAUUUUGCGGAUGAUUUGCUGAUCGGCCAAGGCGGUUUUGGUCGCGUGUACCGUGCCAGCCUAUCCGGCCAACGCGUCGCCGUCAAGAGGCUGUCCGCCGAAUCGGUUGAAAGCUAUGCCACGUUUCAAUUAGAAUUGGACUCUCUGUCUCGAUUCCGUCACCCCAACAUCAUUACCAUUCUGUUUUAUACCGAAAGCCACGAUGGAUAUUGCUUGGUGUAUGAGUUGAUGCCAAACGGCUCUGUGCGAGACCGCUUGGAUUGCAAGAACAACACUCCCCCACUCACCUGGACUCAGCGCCAUCGCAUUGCUGCUGAUGUCUCGCGUGGCAUGAAGUACGUCCAGACAGCCUUCUUCCCUGAGCAUGUUCUGCUCCACCGCGACCUCAAGACGGACAACGUGCUUUUGGACGCGCAUUUCAACGCAAAAGUUUCUGAUUUUGGCCUCGUCCGUGACGCCCCACACUUCGAUGAGCAGAACUACCUUUGCACCCAGAAUAUUCAAGGCACGCGUGUUUACAUGUGUCCCGAGUUUGUAGCCGAAGGUCGCAUGACCACCAAGACAGAUGUCUACGCCUUUGGGGUUAUUCUGCUGGAACUGGUAUCUGCAGAGAAACCCUGCCCUCGGCUGAUAUCGGCGGCGCGGAAAGCUGUCCAAUACCAGACCGUCAUUGAGUUGCUGGACUCGGCCCUCGAUCGAAAUGCAGUCGAGCACCAGAGCGUCAGCGAGCUUGCCGUUCUUGCACUCGAAUGUCUGGAUGACGCUGCCGAUGGACGUCCAUCCUUUUGCGACAUUCUUGACAGAUUGCGUCUUUGAUGGCAGGCAAACAGUUGUGUUGGUGUUUCAACGCUGAAUCCGGGUUCAGCUUUUCGAUUCUUCGUCACGCAUGAGUAAAUUGUCCAUGUCUCCUUCCC